UGUGCUGUGCUGUGCUGUGACCUGCUGCCGGGAGCUGUGAGGAGAGUCCAGCGCCAUGAGUGGGCUUUGCUGGAUCCUUCCCAGAGGAAUCUCUACAAAGAUGUGAUGCUAGAAACCUACUGGAACCUCACCGCUAUAGGCUAUAAAUGGGAAGACCAUAAUAUUGAAGAACAUGGUCAAAUUUCUAGAAGUCAUGGAAGGUAUCUUCAAGCACACGAAACAACCAAUAAUAAAGAGGAUCUCUUUGAAUGUAAUCCGUAUGAUGAAGCCUUUACAUCUGAUUCCUCUUUUAAAGUCCACCAGAGAAGUCAUUUGGAAGGAAAAUACUAUGAAUAUAAUCAAAUUUAUAAAACCUUUCCAUGUCACAGUCUUCAACAAGUGCAUAGUACUCAAACUGGAGAGAAAAGGUAUGAAUACCAUCAGUGUGAAAAAGCCUUUGAAUGUCCCACUUACCUUCAAAUAGAUAAAAGGUGUCAUACUGGAGAGAAACUCUAUGUUUGUAAUCAGUGUGGCAAAGCCUAUACACUGAAGAAGACUCUUCUCGCUCACAUAAGAAAUCAUACAGACGAGAAAGCCUAUGAAUGUAAUCAAUGUGGUAAAGCCUUUGUAUGCAAAAGUUAUCUUCGUGCUCAUGAAAGAACUCAUACUGGAGAGAAACCCUAUGAAUGUAAUCAAUGUGGCAAAACCUAUACACUAAAUAAAAAUCUUCUCUGUCAUAAGAGGAGUCAUACAGGAGAGAAACCCUAUGAAUGUAAUCAGUGUGGUAAAGCCUAUGCACUGAAAAAGAAUCUUGUCUCUCACCAUAGAAGUCAUACUGGAGAGAAAUCCUAUGAAUGUAAUCAAUGUGGUAACACCUUUGCAGAGAAGUAUACCCUUCUCAGACAUGAAAGAAUUCAUACUGGUGAGAAACCUUAUGAAUGUGAUCAAUGUGGUAAAGCCUUUGCAAGGAAGCUUUUUCUUCUCUGGCAUGAAAGAAUUCAUACUGGAGAGAAACCAUAUGAAUGUAAACAAUGUGGUAAUGCAUUUGCAAGGAGGAGUUAUCUUCUCUGUCAUGAAAGAAAUCAUCAUACUGGAGAGAAAGCCUAUGAAUGUAAUCAAUGUGGUAAAGCCUUUGUAGAGAAGAGACGUCUUCACAGACAUGAAAGAAUUCAUACUGGAGAAAAACCCUAUGAAUGUAAUCAGUGUGGUAAAGCCUUUUUAGAGAAGAGAGGUCUUCAGCGUCAUGAAAUAAUUCAUACUGGACAGAAACCCUAUGAAUGCAGUCAAUGUGGUAAAACCUUUGUACAGAUGAGUUAUCUUCACAGCCAUAUAAAAAUUCAUAGUGGAGAGAAACCCUAUGGAUGUAAUCAGUGUGAUAAAGCCUUUACAGUGAAGUCUAAUCUCCGCAGGCAUGAAAGAAUUCAUAGUGGAGAAAAGCCAUAUGAAUGUAAUCAUUGUGGUAAAGCCUUUACACAGAAGUGCAUGCUUCAGAAUCAUGAAAGAAUUCAUACUGGAGAGAAACCAUAUCGAUGUAAUCAGUGUGGUACAGCCUUUACAAGGAAGCAGUAUCUUCUUCGUCAUGGAAGAAUUCAUGCUGGAGAGAAACCCUGUUAAAGUAAUCAAUGUGACAAAGCCUUUGUGGAGAAGAGUAGUCUUCACAUGCUUGAAAGAAGUCACAGAGGAGAGAAACUCUAUGGAUGUAAUCAGUGUGUUAAACACUUUACGUAGAACUAUCAUCAUCACAUUCUAAACAUUGUUCUUCUUUCUUGAUGGUAUGAGGAACAAAAACAAUCCAUAAGGGACAAAAACCAUAUUUUUCCAUUAAGGCAUAAAAAGCAUGGUUUAAUUGACUAACAAAAGUGGCCAAUAAUAAGUAAUGUGAAGUAAGCCCACUCCUAACUGUUCUAUUGUAAGUAACAUGAAAACACAUCCUGAGAACAAGUCUGUGUAUUGAUUAAUAUUUCAGCAAAAGCUAAAUGUUUCAAUUUCUAAUUAUGCACUAACCAAUCCAGUUAAAAUUAUAGAAGGAAGGAUGGCAUUGGACUCUCUUCACAGUUUUACAUCAAUAAUAUAUUGCCUCACCCUCCCUGUGUCAUAAACUAAAUUGAAGGGAUCUUGAUCACCUUUGUCUUCAAAAAUAUAUCACAUUGGUGAACUAUUUUGAUGGCAUUAUUUUGUUUGGACUACGUGAGCAGGAGGAAGCAACCAUUUUGAUCUCAUUGAUAGCACAUAUGCACAUCAGAGGAUGGGACAAAAUCCAGCCAAACUUCAAGGAACUUCUACCUCAUUGAAAUUCAUUGAAAUAUUAGGGUUGUGUGUAAUUCAGAAGUAUUUCUUCUAAGGUGACAGAGAAGUUAUUGCACCUGGUCCUUCUACCAUCAAGAAAGAAGCCAAUGUUUACUGGGCCUGUUUAGAUUCUUAAGAUAGCACAGUCCUCUCUUGGGUGUGUUAGUUUUGCCCAUAUACCAAGUGAUUGGAUGCUGUGGGGUAAUGCUCUUGUGCACUGAAAAGAUUUGUCACUUGUAUUAUUUUAACAUAACACUGAUUGACCAGUAGCCAGGCAGAAAGGAUAGGCAGGCCGACUAAACUAAGAGAAUUCUAUGAAAAAGAAAACAGAGAGUCAGUCACCAGUCAGAUAAAGAGAAAGCAAAUGAGAAUUCCUCACUGACAAAAGGUACCAAGCCACAUGGCUAAACAUAGACAAGAAUUAUGGAUUAAUUUAAGGUGUAAGAGUUUGUUAGUAAUAACCUAAACUAACAGGCCAAUGAGUUUAUAAUUAAUAUAAGCCUCUGUGUGAUUUUUUAGAACUGAAUGGCUACAGGACUGGACAGGACAGAAAUUUCCAUCUAAAAAUGGCACCCAAAGGUUUGGCAAGAAUUCCUACAUAAGAAUCCACUAAGAAAGCUUUAAAAAAAUAAUUCUAGACAGAUAAGAAUAGAGUCAAGUGCAGUUUCUUGGUAACUAUUAUCUCCUGUAGUCUCCUGCAGCCCCUUUAAGAAACGCUUCCUAACUCAGUGUUAGUGGCAAAAAACCUUGAGGCUCUUUUAAGAAGCAGUGUCACCAAACAAUUAAAUGAUGUUUAUGAAUAGCUGGCAUCAGGCUUCCUGGCUGUAGCAUGGACCUACAAACUCCACAAAGUUGUGACAGUAAUGUGCCUCCCACCAGUACCUCCACUAUGAAGCUAAGAAAUGGUGUGGGGCCAGCCAACAAAGCUGGAGUUUUGAUCCUAGCCGUAUGGCGUAGCAGAAUCAAGAUUCAUGUGGUCAGAAAAAUAUAAAGAUACAGUAAAGACAGAUUCAGAUAAAAAAUUCUAAAUGGUUUAUAAUGUGUUUAAAAAUAUAUGUAGG